UCUCAACCUGGAAAUACUUGUUCCGGAAAGGUCAUUUGUCUCACAUUUUCCAACAUGGCGGUGAAUCUGACAGAGCUUUCUCUUCCUCAGUUGGAGGGACUAAAGACUCAACUUGAGCAGGUAACACGGCGAUAUUGAGUCUUUCUAGUCGUAUUUGAAGUGUAACCUCAUUCUGGGGACAUUUUCUAUUAGCCCAAGUGUUUGCUUGUGCCAGCCCAGCUGAUUAGCUUGCUAGCUAGCCAGUCAUGCCUUCUGAGUUACGUUAGCGGUACCAUAGAUAUCUAGAUUUUUUGGCAUGCCUAAUUUAUCUACUGCAGUGCUUAAUUUGAGCAGGAUCCGGCACCUCUCCGUUUUGGACUGUGUUGUUCCGGAACCUAUUUGGCCGGAUCCGGUACCUCCAGGCAUGAAUUUAGUUUCCUCACUUUUUGCAAUGUAAAAAUUAUAAAAGCGAUCAAAGUUAAUUCUCCUGCCCCCACAAAAAAACAUGUGAAAAAGUAGAUUUUCAGCCCGGGCAUGAUAUUCUAAGAGUUAAUUCGCGUUGGGACGGCCCAGGUUUAUGGUUUGCGCAACAUUGUAACCUAUGGUUGAGACCAACGCGUGGCUGUGUCUCUCACAUAACUAGAAUGAGAUUAACUUUUUAUGAUCUCUCUCUGCUCUGAUAGACAUGAGGCUGCAACUCUCAUCUCUCCAGCGUUGCAUUUCAUAAUUUACAGUGCAUUCGUUAAGUAUUCAGACCCCCUGAAUUUGUUCACAUUUUGUUACGUUACAGCCUUAUUCUAAAAUGGAGUAAAUAAAUACAAAUCCUCAAUCUACACACACUACCCCAUAAUGACAGCGAAAACAGGUUUUUAGAAAUGUUUGCAAAUGUAUUAUAUAAAUAUAAAAAAAUACCUUAUUUACAUAAGCUAUGAGACUCGAAAUUGAACUCCGGUGCAUCCUGUUGAUCAUCCUUGAGAUGUUUCUACAACUUGAUUGGAGUCAACCUGUGGUAAAUUCAAUUGAUUGGACAUGAUUUGUAAAGGCACACACCUGUCUAUAUAAGGUCCCACAGUUGACAGUGCAUGUCAGAGCAAAAACCAAGCCGUGAGGUCGAAGGAAUUGUCUGUAGAGCUCCGAGACAGGAUUGUGUUGAGGCACAGAUCUGGGGAAGGGUACCAAAAAAUGUCUGCACCAUUGAAGGUCCCCAAGAACACAGUGGCCUCCAUCAUUCUUAAAUGGAAGAAGUUUGGAACCACCAAGACUCUUCCUAGAGCUGGCCGCCCAGCCAAACUGAGCAAUCGGGGGAGAAGGGCCUUGGUCAGGAAGGUGACUAAGAACCUGAUGGUCACUCAGACAGAGCUCCAGAGUGCCUCUGGAGAGGGGAGAAGCUUCCAGAAAGACAACCAUCUCUGCAGCACUCCACCAAUCAGGGCCUUUAUGGUAGAGUGGCCAGACUCAGUAAAAGGCACAUGACAGUCUGCUUGGAGUUUGCCAAAAGGCACUCUCAGACCAUGAGAAACAAAAUUCUCUGGUCUGAUGGAACCAAGAUUGAACUCUUUGGCCUAAAUGCCAAGUGUAACAUCUGGAGGAAACCUGGCACCAUCCCUACGGUGAAGCAUGGAGGUGGCAGCAUAAUGCUGUGGGGAUGCUAGUCAGGAUUGAGGGAAACAUUUAAUGGAGCAAAGUACAGAGAGAUCCUUGAUGAAAACCUGCUCCAGAGCGCUCAGAAACUCAAACUGGAGCGAAGGUUCACUUUCCAACAGGACAACCACCUUAAGCACACAGCCAAGACAAUGCCAGAGUGGCUUCGGGACAAGUCUCUGAAUGUCCUUGAGUGGCCCAGCCAGAGCCCGGACUUGAGCCCGAUCAAAUACAGGUGUGCCAAGCUUGUAGCAUCAUACCCAAGAAGACUCGAGGCUGUAAUCACUGCCAAAGGUGCUUCAACAAAGUACUGAGGAAAGGGUCUGAAUACUUAUGUAAAUGUGAUAUUUCAGUUUUUUUAUUUUUAAUGCAUUUGCAAAAAUGUCUAAACCUGUUUUUGCUUUGUCAUUAUGGGGUAUUGUGUUUAGAUUGAUGAGGGGGAAAAACAAUUUAAUCCAUUUUAGAAUAAGGCUGUAACGUAACAAAAUGUGGAAAAAGUCAAGGGGUCUGAAUACUUUCAGUAUGUGCCUGUGACACUUUAUGAGAAAGUGUUCAUAAUGUAAAUAAGUUGUGUCCAUUUAUUGCCAAUAUGCUUGCUACUCUGGUAGCCAGUUUGCAGCACAACGCAUGCUAAGAAUCAUGUUUUGGAAUGCUGUCAACAAGUGUCCAUUCAUUAGGAAACAAACUUAGCAUGAUCUCAGCUUCCACAUUUUGCUCCUUUAUUUCAGGGCAAUAUUCAUAUACGCAUUCAAUGCAAUAUAUUUGGCCCAGGCUUACUUAGUUCAUCAAUGGUCAUUAAUGAAAUUACUGCGAAGAAUGUGUCUGGUGUCUGUCUGAUAAGUUGGAUCAUCAACUGGUUCUUCCAUGUUUUGCAGGAGACAGAGUUUUUGACCUCAUCUAUAGGUCAGCUCAAAGUUGUCCAGACUAAAUAUGUAGAAGCUAAGGACAGUUUAAGUGUCCUCAACAAAAACAAUGCAGGUGAGCUGCUCGAACAACCUUGGUUUGCUAUGGAUUUUUUUUUAAAUAACUUUGUAUGCAUUGUAUGCUUUUGUUUUGUAUGGAGCUUUUACAGAUACUAAAAUAAAUUGAUUUAAAUUAUCUUUGAUGCAGAUCUCACACCACAUUAGUGUUUGAAAGUAUGAUACACUUAAAUUGAUAACUUACAUUUUACCUUUAUUUUUCCAUUCCUCCUUUUAGGAAAAGAGUUGCUGGUGCCCCUCACAAGCUCUGUAUCCUUAUGUUACUGAUCGGAGAUGGCAAAAAUUAAGGGGUUCAUUAGACUUUUUAAUUACUCUACAAACAUACCAGGAAACACAUUUUCUCGCAUUCAACGUACUUGAUGACUAACUUGAGAUUGAUUGAAAGUGCAUUGUUAAAUACAGUAUUUAAUGUAAAUGGGACCACAGCACCUUCUCUGCCAUCAUAUUGUUGCAACCUUAACCCAGUGUUUCUUAAUCCUAGUCCUGGGGACCCAUUUUUGUUUUUUUCCCCUAACACUACACACCUGAUUCAAAUAAUCAACUCAAUAUCAAGCCAUUGUAACUGGGUCUGAGUGGAAUCAGGUGUAUAGUGCCAGUAUGAAAAUGUAUGCACUCACUAACUGUAAGUCGCUCUGGAUAAGAGCGUCUGCGAAAUGACUAAAAUGUAAAUGUAGAGUAAAAACAAAAAUGUGCACCCCUUUGGGCCCCCAGGACGGGGAUGAAGAAACAGUGCGCUUAACCCAUACCUAGUCCCGCUGUGCCGAUGCUUUCCAUUGACUGUAAAGCAUAGCCACAUACAAUUACAUACACAUACAAUUGUGGUCCUCUGUAGCUCAAUUGGUAGAGCAUGGCGCUUGUAACGCCAGGGUAGUGGGUUCGAUCCCCGGGACCACCCAUACGUAAAAAUGUAUGCACGCAUGACUAAGUCGCUUUGGAUAAAAGCGUCUGCUAAAUGGUAUAUUAUUAUUAUUAUUAUUAUAUAAUUACAUAGAAAAAAACCUACAAGUCCCUUGUCUGUCACAAAUGUUGACUAAAAUUAUAUUUGAACUUACUCUGCCGACUCCGUGGGGUUGGUCCUUCAGUGGGUUAAAAUUUUAGUCAAAAUAUCUACAGGAAAAUAUUAUUAAACAGACUUCAAAACGUGGGUCUCUGUGUGUGGCAAUCAAGAUUUGUUUGCUCGUGACCUAAAGCAUAUGCACAAGACGGAAGUACAUGCCUGUGAUGCAUGCAUACUAACCGAAGUCUUGCAGGUGUUUACAUGGUUUUGUGCAUGUGCCAGGUGAUGGAAAUUUCAACGGCAGUACCAGCGCUCUAAAAAGUUGGGUAAAUAAUACUUUCCUGUGAAGAUUCUCUCAAAUUUUGACCCACUGAAGGACCAACUGCACAGACAACCGGUAGAGUAAGUUGAAAUGUAAUUUUAUUAAACAUUCUGGUUUGUAAGGAAACUUUGACUGUAUACCAAGAAUUGGUAUCACAGUCUGACUUUUCUUAGGCAACCCAAUACCAAACGACCUCGUCAAGAUGUUCAGACCUCUUGGUGUAACGGUUAAGGUGUUGGCUUGACUUUCGCUGGACCCAGGUCCCGGUCGUGGCUACCCCCCAAAUUCACUACAUUUGUGUCAGAAAUUGGAUGGUGCCUGUGAGGCCAUUGGAGAGGCGUGUAUACAUGAGGGACUUGAUAUAGAGAAGCGUGGGGACAUGCUCUCCCGAAGGUAGGGGUUAGUGUGGCGACCUUAACACAACACCUAAUAACCUCGUCAAGAGGUUUAAACUUCUUGGCAUAGCGGUUAAGGUGUUAGUUUGACAGUUGCUGGACCAGGGUUCGAGUCCUGGUCGGGGCUACCCCCAGAAUUCUCUAUAAUAUCUUCAGUAUGCAUGAAUUAAUAGUAUUGUUGUUGGAAGUUUCCUGUUAUGUGCUUUAACAUCACUUGCUAUUAGAUGUACGUCCCUGGAACACUUCAUGACGUGGAACAUGUCUUAGUGGAUGUGGGGACAGGAUACUAUGUUGAAAAGGUGGGCAGAAAAGUAAUUGAUAACAAAUUGCUAAUAUCCUUCAUUGUACCGUCAACUCAUGAUGUGCACUUUGGGUAAGUACUCUGUUUGCAGUUUUCCAGUCCCAAUUUAAUUUGGUUCCCUUUUAUUGCUCUGGCUGGGCAAGGAUAUCUUCCAAUUUAGUGUAUGCCGACAUGUCCCAACUCUUUGCAUUUAUCAGGGUUGUGUUCAUGAAGGCACACUGUAGCAACGGAAAAUGAAAACAUGCAUUUCUUAUUGGGCACAUUUUUUUAUUUAUUCUGAAUGAUAUUACCUAAAGUUUCACUCUUGUACUGUUUUUUCAGUUUUCGUGGCCACUGAACACAACCCAUUAGUCAGUCGACUAUUUGGUUAAACAGUCCUGUUCCAUAUACAGUACAUUUAAUUGCUUGUUAGUACAAAUAUUUGGAAAUCUCUGUAUAAUGAGUUUUUGAGCCUCUUUUGAAAUAUCUCUGCAGAAUGUCGAUGAUACAAAGGAGUUUUUCAAGCGCAAAAUAGACUUCCUCACCAAGCAGAUAGAGAAAAUUCAGCCGGCUCUGCAGGAGAAAUAUGGCAUGAAACAAGGUAAUCCACACACGAAUACACACACAAGUUUGUAUUAUGUUACAAGUAUUUAUCUUAAAUGCAAUAGAACCUCACUUGUAUAGUUUAUUUGGGUCAUUCCUUCCUAUCUUUGUUCUGUUUUCUAGCUGUGAUUGAGGUGAUGAACAUUAAGAUCCAACAGCUUCAGAGUCAACAGGCGUCACAGUCAGGGACCACCAAAGCCUAACCAGUUGAAGAUGGGGCUUACACCAGUCUGCUUGGGUUCUUCAUGAUAUGGGGGGGGGGGGGGGGGGGGUUACUGAAAACAAAUUCUGCAUGAACUGUUAAUGGGGUAAAGCCGGGGUAAAACUGGGCGAAAGACAAAAAUUUACUCUACAACGCAGAACCUAAAUUUGUGCCAACACUGCAAUGGUGAAGGGCAGCCAAUAUUCAUGUUGUAACAAACACUCCUGGAAAAUUGAAGUGUUUAUUUUGAUUCAGUUUAUGUUCAUUAGCUGGGUUGCAGAAAUAUAACUGAAAUGUAGGUAUUUAUUUGUGUACCUUAUGUUCUGUGUAGUGGUUUUGAAGCUUGUGUUGCUAUAGCAAUGUUGAAUUUGAAUAAUAAAAUAGGCGCCUCUUGUCACUGUCUCAGAUUAUAAUUUCUGAAUACAUGAAAUCUGCAACAGAUGUUUUGAAUGGAGAAAAUAUUUGUGCCCUCAUAUAUUACACAUGUAUCUUUCAGAUUUUGCUCCAUGACUAUGGUUCACUGAAACAGUGCUUUUAAUUUGUAAAUCGGGAGGUGCCGGAAUAAAAA